AUGGCCCUCCAGACCAAAGCCCUGGUCACCUCCAGGUGGCUCGCUCAGGCCAUGAAGCUCCAGAGGCGCGUGCGCGUCCUGGACACGUCCUGGUUCCUGCCCAAAGUGCGGCGCAGCGCCCGGAGCGAGUUCCGGAUACUGAACAUCCCGGGCGCGGCGUUCUUCGACAUCGACCAGUGCUGCGACAAGACGUCCACCCUGGACCGCAUGCUGCCCCCGGAGCGGGUUUUCGCGGACUACGUGGGGAACCUCGGCAUCCAGCGCGACACGCACGUCGUGGUGUACGAUUCCAGUGAGUUCGGCGCAUUCUCGGCGCCGCGCGCGUGGUGGAUGUUCCGCGCGUUCGGGCACGGCGCGGUGUCGCUGCUCGACGGGGGGCUCGUGGGCUGGGAGCUGGAGGGUCAACCGGUGAGCGACCGGUACGCCAGACCGGCUCCGGCCGAGUUCAGGGCCUCGCUGAACCGCUCCUGGAUCAAGACCUACGAGGAACUCCUGGACAACCUGGACUCCAAGAGGUUCCAGGUGGUGGACGCACGGCCCGCGGGCCGGUUCCGAGGCCUGGACCCUGAACCCAGAGACAACACGGAGCCCGGCCACAUCCCCGGCUCCAUCAACGUGCCCUUCCACCACUUCCUGUCGCCGUCGGGUCACUUCCUGCCCACGGAGCAGCUCCAGGCUCUGUUCGCCCGGGCCGGCGUGGACCUCGGCCGCCCCGUCUGCGUCUCGUGCGGCUCGGCCGUGACGGCGUGCACCGUGGCGCUGGCGGCCCACGAGUGCGGGCACCCGGGGGUGUCGGUGUACGACGGCGGGUGGUCGGAGUGGUAUAUCCGCGCCGGGCCCGAGCACGUCAUCUCCGAAGGACGGGGGAAACACGUGUGA